GUCAUGGAUGAUGAAUGGGAUGAUUCCUCGGCCGUUACGGCAGUACCACCUCCGGCAGCCAGGACUUACAACAACUAUGACUCCAAUGAUGUGGAUGAGGGUCACAGCUUAUCUAAGGGAAGAGGAUUUACAUCCUUCCAGAAUGAUGAAGACAGUGACUUCAAGACAAAUGGGUUCGGCGACAGGCGUGGAAGGGGCGGGCGGGGAGGCCGCGGGGGACGCGGAGGCCGGGGCGGGCGCGGCGGCGGCGGCGGCUGGGAGUCCCGCGACCAAGACAAUGAAGAUAAUAAUGGCGGCGACGAGUACAACGACGGCGACCGAGACCGCGGGGAGCGCGGGCGAGGCCGGGGCCGCGGGCGCGGCGGGGGCGGGCGGGGCCGCGGCGGGUUCGGUGACCGCGGCGAGCGUGACGGCGGCGACGCGGCCGGCGACCAGGAGCCCGAGCUCGACGAGAACGGCGAGCCCAAGAAGCCGCCCGUCACCUACGUGCCGCCCGAGCCCACCGAGAACGAGGACGAGAUCUUCGGCAGCGGCAUCAGCUCCGGGAUCAACUUUGACAAGUUCGACAACAUCGCUGUCAAAGUAAGUGGUGAAAAUCCACCACGAAACAUUGACAGUUUUGAAACUGCCAACUUCAGAAAGUACGUCUUGGACAACAUUCUCAAGUCCGGCUAUAAAAAGCCUACGCCCAUUCAGAAGCACGCCAUACCCAUCAUUAUGGGUGGCCGAGAUUUGAUGGGCUGCGCACAGACCGGAUCUGGAAAAACAGCUGCCUUCCUUCUCCCUAUUAUAAAUACGCUGCUUCAAGACACCCGUGAGUUAGUAGUUGGACCUAGCGGUUGUGCUGAACCACAGGUUGUGAUAAUGUCGCCUACUCGUGAAUUGACAUUACAAAUUUUUAAUGAGGCUAGAAAGUUUUCGCAUGGUUCAGUCUUAAAAAUAGCCGUCGCUUAUGGAGGAGUAGCUGUGAGACAUCAAGGAGACAAUAUUUCUAGAGGAUGUCACAUUCUCGUCGCGACACCGGGACGUCUGCACGAUUUCGUUGAUCGUAAUCGCGUGUCGUUCGGCAGCAUCCGGUUCGUGGUGCUGGACGAGGCCGAUCGCAUGCUGGACAUGGGCUUCAUGCCCAGCGUCGAGAAGAUGAUGGAUCAUCCCACUAUGGUUCCGAUGGGCGAACGUCAAACGCUUAUGUUCUCCGCGACCUUCCCAGAGGACAUCCAAAAUUUGGCUAUGAAGUUUUUAAACAACUAUUUAUUCGUGGCCGUCGGCAUAGUCGGUGGUGCAAGCGCAGACGUCGAACAAAUAUUUCACCAGGUCACAAAGUAUGAAAAGCAGAACACUUUAAAGAAACUGAUUGAAGAGAACGACAAGAAGCGCAUCCUGGUGUUCGUGGAGACGAAGCGCAACGCGGACUUCAUCGCGUCGCUGCUGUCGGAGCAGCAGAUGCUGACGUCGUCCAUCCACGGCGACCGCAUGCAGCGCGAGCGCGAGCUGGCGCUGCACAACUUCAAGACCGGCGCGCACUGCAUCCUCGUCGCCACCGCCGUGGCCGCGCGCGGCUUAGAUAUCAAGAACGUCGACAUCGUCGUAAAUUAUGAUCUGCCCAAGAGCAUAGACGAGUACGUCCACAGAAUCGGGCGCACGGGCCGCGUUGGAAACCGUGGCAAAGCUGUUUCCUUUUUUGAUGCAGACCAAGAUGCAGGGUUAGUCGCGGAUUUGGCAAAAAUACUACGGCAAGCCGACCAGCCCAUUCCGGACUUCCUGCAGGGCGGAGGCACCGCCACGUAUCGGGGCAACAAAUAUGGCGGUAGCGACGUCCGAAACUUUAACAACGCGAGUGCUGCUGUGUCGCAAGGCGAAGAACCCGAGGAAGAAUGGUAAAUACAAGUUAUUAAGAGUGUUAGAUAUAAAAGUUCAAGACUUCUUGAAAUUCGCCCAUGUGAUGGAACAAGUGAAUUCUUUGAUUUGUUGGUGCUGGUGACGCUGUGAAAGUUUUAAGUGACUACAAGAAUAAAGAUAUACCUGCACCAAAUCUCUAACCUGGUUAGGAGUUGGUUGUACAAAUAACACUAAUACAUAUGUAUAAGAAAGUUUAGCCCAGCGAUUUAUACUGUCAUGACUACAAGACUGCAACUUAUAUUGACAAGUAUUUUAGAUAUAAGCGCCUAAUUUUAAGAACUAAUAACUCCUGCAUCAAUAGAACAUACUUAAAACAUUUCCUAUUCACAUUUGUAAUAUCACAUGGAUUAUUAUUUUGUUGUGUUUUAGUGUUAA